AUGGCUUCGCAACAACAAGCUAUCCGUCGACGCUACUCAGUUGCCGACCGCUUGCCUUCAGACUUAGUCAAUCCCACCACCUCCAACUCAAAUUCUGAGACAGCCCCUAAUUCGACAAUUCCUGCCACUGCUACUUCUACUCCCGCUGUCGCUAUCGCUGCUUCUGUCGACCCCAGAUUCGUUCCCGUUCGUGACCUCACACAGGGGUCUAAACCGAGACACAAGAAUUCUUCCUCGCACAACCGCAACGGCAGCAUGAGUUCAACAGUCGCAAUGCCUCCUCCGCCUGCCCCAAAGGACAAUAGCAUCCCUUUCAGACGAGGACAUGCUCGUGCCAAGUCAAGUGUAUCCAGCAUGAACCGUCAGGUCAACCGACUCUCUUUGACUCUCCCAAUUGCACCCCCUACGAGCGACCCAUCCCGACCAACACCAACCUCUUCUGCCAUGUCAUCUGUUCCUCCGACCCCAAUCGACUCUGGCGUUUCCACUCCCGCUGACGCAAAUGAAUUUAUUAUCGCAAUUGCCGCCCAGGAGAGACGUGUGCUCGAACUCCGUGAGGAAUUAUUGCGUGCUGAAGCAGACUUGACUUCGCUCAAGAAGAAGUGGACUACACAAGAGAAGAAGGGCGACCCUAUCCCUUUUGAAGCAUAUCGCAGCCCUGUGCUGCCUUCGGAGGACGACGGCGCAUCUGUCAGGCGAAGUGUCGACUCAGACCGCAGGAAACUAUUGCAUCAAGCUCAAUCAUCCCCGACGACCCCCAACCGAAGAAGAGUCCUUCGUGGUGGACACACAAGAACCCUAUCGCUGUUGUCGCCGGCGAAACCAGACGCAGGGUUUUCACUAUAUCAGGAUCGCGAUCACGAGCAUGAGCAGGUCAUACUACCUUCUGUAGAGCGCAGGACCGCUCAAUUAACAAACCCUCAUUUAUCAAAGCGUGCCUCCUGGCAACCACGCUCACAACAAGGUGGCCCGGUCGUUCCUCAGAUCGUCGAGGACUUUAAGCUAGGCCUUCGAGCAUUCGUCGAGGAUAUCCGUCAGAUUACUGUUGGAGAUGAGCCCAUCAACGGCCAGCCCGUUCGCUCCAACAGUACUAGCGAAAACACCCGAACGCAGGAUACGAUUCGACCGAAUCGCCCUCUGCGACCAAAAGUCAGCACAGUAUUCGAGCCACCCCAUGGCAAUUCAGAGACCACCGAGACUUUGGAGACAAAAACUACCUCAACCGCCACAACGUCAAAGUCCCGACCCGAGAUGCCUGCCCGGAGUAAAACCAAAUCCAAGAACAAGUCUUUCUCUUGGCAGCCUCUUGGGUUUGAUUCAAUGGAUGAUAACGACUGGUCUAACUGGGACUCUCCGGCCUCUUCUUCCAAGACGUCUCGUUGGAGUGGAUCUACUAUUGGCAGCGGCGGACUGGAUAAUAUGUCAGCUACUUCGGAUGAGGGAGAACCUGCGGACUCGCCCUCUAAGAAGAAGUCGACCGGUUACGAGACCCCUCUACUCUCCCCCAAGUUAGAAGAGCUUCUGCCCAAUCUUGUCAACCAGUUCUCACCCAGCAACAUCAAACGCACAGCGACAAACCUGAUGGAUGAGUGGGAGAAGUCACUCACCGACCCCAACUACCCUCACCAGUCACAAAAUAAGGAGAACACCGCUUAG